AUGGCAGUUUUCGAUGAGGCCUCGCAUCCCGGCGUGGCGGGUGCAUCGUUGAGCACCCAGGUGCAACACUGCUACCAGCGGCGAUCGCACGUUCCCCCACCGCCAAGUGCAUCGAUGCCGUUCGCACAGGAAAAGAGGCGUUGGGUGGCCGCCAUGAAAGCGAACGAAAACAACCGGCGUGUUAGCAGCCGCCUGGCAAAGGUGUGGCGUCCUCUACGCGCCGCGGACAAGGAGCCCCUCCAGCGCAAGGUAGCCGAAGCAGUCGCCGUCCACCGAUGGAAAUACCCGGACUACACGAACCACCCGCGUGAGGCCCACCGGCGCAAGGAGCAGGAACGCGUUGCCAAGCUGGUUACCAGCAAGCUGAAGAAUGACAGUUCCUGUGACAAGGAGCAGCAGCCGACAACUUGCAUGGUCGCGGCCCACGGUCGAGGCGGCCCGAAGUUCCAGCAGCAGCUGCAUCCGCCACCACUGCGGCCGACGCCAAGAAGCACACACAGUGCUACCAUGAGCGCUGCUCGAGUCAGCGCUUCGGGUGCCGGUCAGGGAACGGAGGCUUGUAUGCCGACGCCCACUGUCCCGACCACGACCAAGGAUCCCGAAGAACAAGUGGUGCCUGUAAAUUUGGCUGCUUGA